AAUUUUAUUGAGCUAUGGAAGUCCCACCUGAUGUAAAGAAGAAUGUUCGAUCGGUCCUGCUGUCCAAGGUGGGCGGGGUUCUAGUCAGCGAGUUUGGCAAGGACUACAAAAGUCUUCUACAGAAACCCUUACAAUACAAGGCCAUGGGAUUCCAGACAAUGACAGAUUUCAUAAAGGCCAUGCCAGAUGUUGUCAGAUUGCAAUUUGAUGACCAUGCUAUGGCAUACAAGAUGUUUGGAAUUGGUGACCCUAAUAUGUACAUGUGUGUAUCGGCCAAGAAGGCAGAGCGGGGCUUUGGAGGAGUAUCCUCAGAUCCAGCUAAUGUUCUGUCUGACAUGAAGAGUCCUAGUUCUAUCAGCAAUGGACAUGAUGAUAAUGACAGAAAAAUCAACCCAAAUGCAAAAGGCCUGUACAGUCUGUGUUAUCCUAGGAACAAGGAACCUAAAGGCUUUUCUGAAGAUGAGGUGCUGCAGAAAUUUUCCGAGUUUGGAGAUAUAGGCGAUGUUAACAUCAUUCCUGGAUUGAUAUUCAUCCGAUUUGAAGAUAAAUCAAGUGCAAUCAAAUGUCUAAAUCAUUACGAAAGUCGUCUUGAGAUGAGGAUCGCAGAUGAAAGGAGACCAAAAAAUGUCAGCCAGAGGGUAACUCCAAAGGAGUCUGGCGAUGCACAUGACACUCUUAUCCAGAAAAAAUCUCCUAAAGCACCAAUUUCAUCUGCUUAUGGAGAUAAAAUAGAAGUUUACAUUGGGAACAUCAACCAGCAUGUUUCAAAGGAGCAGUUUGAUGAACUUCUGGAGCCUUUCUCCCCCAUAGCUAUCCGAAUGGUCAAACCCAAGGCGGACCCAAGAAAAGUGUUUGCCUUUGCAGACUUUCAUGUUCACCAGGAAGCUCAGGCAGCAACAGCGAUACGUGAACUAGACCAAAUGGACUGGGAAGGCAGGAAACUUAAUGUCCGCUUCGCUCAGCCAGACAAACCAACAUUUGAAAAAAACAGCUUAAACAACCAAAGAAGCAAACCAAGUGCAGGUGGAGAUAAUAACGGAAACCGAUCAAGGAAAUUCCAGCCGGCUGUUGAAGAUGAGGAUGAGUGGGGAGAGGAACCUGACAGUAGUGGUCAGUCUAAACUCACCAAUGGUGUAGCACAACAAAGUCUGUCCUCAAAAAUGGCGGCUUUAUCAGUAGAUGUAAGUAAAACUUCAUCACCAAUGUCAAAACAUUCUCCUGUGAUAAGCCCACAAAAACUGCACCCAAUAAUCUCACCCAUCAGAAGCCCUGAGGGACCUCCAAUUCAAAGACAAUUACCGAAAAAGACACCCAGCCCAGAGGUGGCAACUCAAAAGAUCAACCAAAAACCAAAAAAGUCAAAUUUUGAUGAGAUGCCACCUCUGGAAAAAAUCAACCAACAUGAUGAAAUGCCUGAACUGGAGCCAAUUAACAGUAGAUAUUCAGGAAUGCCUAGUCUAGAGCGAAUUCCUGGUAAAUAUUCAGGGAUGCCCAACCUUGAACACAUUGGCAGUGGACAAGAUGGAAUGCCAGGACUGGAGAUGAUUGGCGGUGGACCACACAGGAUGUACUCGCCUUACGAUAAAAACCGACCAGUGAUGCUGUUUAUUGGAAACUUCGUUUACUACGAAAAUGAGCAUGACUUGGCCAACCUAUUUGAGGCCUACGGAGUUCAGUAUGUGGAAAUACGAAACAACAAUGACAGGAGAAAAACGACGAGUGCAGUAGUGACAGUAGCCAACAUGGAGAUGGCUAACAGGGCCAUGAUGGAGCUGGACCAGACAUAUCACCGCGGUCGCCGACUACUGGUCUGUAUGGCCAAGGAGGAUCCGGCCUACGAACCUGCAUCUGUAUUCACCGCCCCUCAGAACCUCCACAAUAUCAAAUGUACAAUUGGUGGAUCAGGUGUAUCCCACAGAAACGUGACCUUGGGUGAAGAGAGCCUGUGUGACAUGCAGAGGGGUCGCGGCCGAAGCUUUGCUAAGGGAGGAGCCCAGUAUAGAGAAACGUCAUCAUCCUCAUCUUCCAGCCAAGACACCAAAAUAUCCGAAACCACUAUCAUCAAAAAGACUUUUAACUCACUGUUGAUGACAUACAAAAUCAUUAUGAGCAAACUGGGCGCACGUAGACGGGACUUGGCCUUCAACACCAGUGAGGAAAUCAAUGUGUAUGUGACAUCCGUGUAUGAUGAGCAGCACUUCUGGGGACAGGUGCUACAUGAUGAGUCAACUAUAGCAUACCUUAAUACAGUUAUGAAUGACCUACAAUGUAUGGAGACUCGAAUUGGAAAUACGAAGGGCUUGGGCAGGUGUGCUGCACAGAUUGAUGACGAAUGGUUCAGGGGUUGGAUAACUGCUGAAAGGCCUGGUUUCAAGGUUGACGUAUUCUUCGUUGAUUACGGCAAUACAGCUACAAUGGAUAAGUUCAAGACUAGUUUGACGAUACCAGAGGUGUGGGAAAUCAAGCCAAUGGUCAGGCCAUUCAAGAUUAUAGGUAAAACAAACACCCAGGGAGACCAGGGGUUUACAUUAGAUCUAUAUCCAAACAUUACGAUGGACAGACGAUGCAAAACAGUUCUCAUUAUGACACGGACGCAGCUGUUUUAAGACCUUAACAUACUGACAGUGGAAGAAUGAAAAUUACAAAGUA